UCUCUUUGAAACUAACGCAUAACAACAAUGCAUUGCACUGUCCAAUCGCUCAGAGCAGAUCAGGAAACCCGACAAUCACGCGUAAACCAUCGGAGCACACCAUUAGCUCGGCGCAUCCUAGACAUAAUUAAUUCAGCGAUCUGCUUACCAAGGACCGAUUCAGUUUUUCCCGGUCAGUGCAUGCAAUCAGUGCCAAGCUUGCCUAUGGUAAUGUCAGGUCCUGGUUUCCAAACUACUGCUCUGCCUCCACCUCCUCCACCCCCACCACCGCCACCCCCUACAUUUGCGCAACAGAUGCAGGCUCCAACUUCUAAUCUCUUAGAAACCUUAAUGAGCAGGGCAGGUCUACCUUGUAAUACACUAAGCGAUUUAAAUCUAAAUAAUAAACCAAAUGACAAACCUGAUUCUGUUCGUGAGAGCUCUCCCAUGAAACAAAUCAACAAACUGUUAAGCUCAGCUGCAAGUUCUCUUUUAAACCAACUUGCAGGUAGCCAAAGAACGGAUGUAGACACUUCCUCUUCUGAUCCAUUGCCACCUCCUCCUCCACCACCGUUACCAUUCCAACAACAUAAUGAGCUGCCGCCAACCACUUCUACUCUGUCACAUUCAUUCGUACCUCCUCCACUCCCAGCAGUAAUUAAUCCGUUUUCUAACAACGAAAUCGGUAACAAAGUGUUGCCUAAUGGUGCAUGUGGAGAAACUAAAACGGAAAGUAAGAAACCUUUUGGAGACAUGAAGAUUGAGGAAGUACUAGCAAAGCGGAAAAGAUACGACUUCUCUUCACGUCGUGAGUGGCAAGAACGUAUCGCCUUGGAAGUAAAAUCAGUUUUAAAACCUGCAUACUCUCUACGACGUAUAAAUAAAGAAGAUUACAAAGAAAUCAUGAAAAGGCUGUUACUAAGAUUUCGCGAAGUGGUACUUCUUCAAUCAAUACCGAAAAAAUAAGCACAUUUGUAAAGCUGUAUAUUGAGAAGUAUCACCGUAUGCAUAAAAUAAAAGCUCAGGCAACUGCGAAGGCAACUGUACAGUGAACGUGUUAUUUUAAUUUCAUUGUAAAUUGUAUAUAAUAUAGAUUAUUUAAUAUAUACCAGAAGGUUAUGUUUUUCAGCUCAUGUUAGAAACCGCAUCUUCUCUAUUUAUAGGUGUUUUAUAUAGUUUGUCAUAAUUAACAUACAGCCUAGAAUAAAUGUGUGUUAGCCCAAGUUGCCAUGUCACUUCAGGACGGCGAGUUGAAAUUAACAAAAAUACCAAAUAAGUCGAAGUCAUGUAGUAUUAGUGUCAGUGACUAGAACUAAACAUGAAGAAUAUGGUUCGAAAAAGAUGAGUUUUUAGUUAUUAUAUACAUCAUAGGGUGUCGAUAUGUCACUACAUUUUUGGUGUAACUAAUACAAAUACAGUUAUUCAUGAGGCUUUCUUCCAACGGUGCUUCAUCUCCAAUUUCUGUCCUAGAAGUAUGUAACCUUGAUUAUUUUAUAGCUGUACCUACCUACAUUUGUAUUCUAAAGACCAAAAUAAUUGAUUAGGCGUAUGAUUCACUCAGCUAUCCUCAUAAGUACAUCAUCAAUGAUAAGUCUGUUAGAAACGGUUUAGUAUACUCUCUCAAACUAAUUGAACUUUUUGCCCUAAUUUAUAUCUUGUUUUUAGUGUGCAACUCUCAUUUUGACAAGUCCGAUUGAGUCCUUAGUUUCCACUAAAGUAAAGUCCCAAAAACUGUUACAUGUUCUUGUUUUUACAACUUUUGAAGUGGAUUCGGGCUGCAGUAGCGCUUUAGGCAACAAGAAUCUCAGUACAUAUGUAUAUUUGCCUAUGCAGAGAGAUGAAAAUCCGACUACCACAAUGAACAGUGGAUAUUGGCCGAGACUGGCCCUAAAAUCACUACCUCCCGAUCCAAUCAGUGUUGGCUUUCACACACGUGUUCUAGAUUCCAUUCCAGCCAUAAACUCAUGUUCUCUAGAUGGUUAAGAGUUGGAUUUCCAAAUGUGUAUGGUUGCAUAUCCCCAAGUUUAUGCUCUCUAUGGUUGCGUGACAUCUGUUACUCAAAAGUCGUCUUAGGUUUCCUUAAGAUUGGUUCGUACUAUAACCCUUAAGUUAAUGGUGUCAAUGUAGAGCAGAAAGUUUAGGCACGAGCUGUUUGAUGAAAUUAGUGUUUAGAAACUGAUGGCUAAAUGUCUCUCUCCAUUUGCCUGAUAACAGUUUCAUUAGUUGGCUUUGACUGAGACUAGUAAGGAAUUCAGUCGCAGUUGGUUAGCCCGAUUAAGGAACGGUGGUAAUCAUUGAAGUUUACCAUUUGUGUUCUAAGUCGUGUCAAAAUUUAUGUUGUUAAUGUUGAGUUUUCAAUGCACUAUGACUAACCCUGAUACACCGAUUUAUUCAUAAUCGGUUGUCGGUGGUACACUCUCAUCUGUGUCCCACGUAAGAACUCAGAACCCGGGCUCUUUCCAACAUUACUAUGAUGUGAUGUUCUCUCGGUUCGAUUGCGAAGCUUCCACUAAACCAUUUAGUUCUGAGAAUAAAGCACCAUAUUGAGCUGCAGGUCUUUGUUAUAUUACCAUAAUGUUUUCCAGGCGCAUCAGUAGGAAGUGGAUCGAGCACUCAAUGCUUAUCUUGACGAAAAGGAUGAUGGGGAAAUGAGAUGUAGUGCAGUGAUUAAUGUUUGUUUCUACUGACCUACGAUGUUGAAGUUCAGUCUAUCUCCUAUUGUGACCGGCCUCAAGCGGUUACCACUUGGGCACUGCGGUCACGCUCUCGGGUCACUAAGACCAACUCUAACCCAAUUUCCUUUUCAGGUACCUCUAGAAGGACCUCUCCACGGUGUGGACAACCGGGAAGUUAUAACUGCCCUCAUACCUCUAACAGCACU